AUGAAGGCCACAUUGAUCCUAUCUGGCCUUUUGGCUAGCACUGUCUCGGCUCACAUGCAGUUGAGCAAGCCAUACCCUAUCCGCAGUCCGCUCAACAAGGAUGCCAAGGGUGAGAAGGAUUACUCUUAUACCAACCCCCUCUCCACCUCUGGUAGCGACUACCCGUGCAAAGGCUACGCCAAUGAUGACUUCGAGGCCGUGGAUACAUGGGCGCCAGGCUCGAGCCAAGAGAUGACACUGGAAGGCAGUGCUGUCCAUGACGGUGGCUCAUGCCAGCUUGCCCUGACGUAUGACCAAGGUAAGACCUUCAAGGUCAUUGAGUCUAUCGAGGGUGACUGCCCUAUUGCGAAGAAGUACCAGUUUGAUGUCCCCUCGGACGCACCAUCUGGCAAUGCUCUCUUCGCUUGGACGUGGUUCAACAAGGUUGGCAACCGCGAGAUGUACAUGAACUGCGCUAUGAUCACCAUUGGUGGCUCCAGCAACCGCAACGCUACUAUCAACUCCGAGAACCGUGAGGUCAAGGAGGCCCCCAAGCAGACACUCGAUGAGAAGACCACCAAGAAGGGCCCCAACAACAAGGCCAAUACCCAGACCACAAAUGCCAAGAACAGCUUCGAUAGUCUCCCUGAGCUCUUCGUUGCCAACGCUGGCCAGGCUGGAAAAUGUGUGACCAUUGAGGGCCAGGCCGUUCACUUCCCCAAGCCUGGUCCCAAGCUCAUUGGAAAGGCUGACGGCCCGGGCUACAAGUGCUCCGACAGUGCUCCCUUCCUCAAUAGCAUCAACCAGUCCACGACAAAGCCUGCCACCAGCAGCAGCUCCAAGGCUGUGACCAAGCCCGCCACCACCAGCACGCCCAAGCCCGAGAAAAAGCCAGCUACUACCAUCUCCACCAAGGCUUCGUCCAAGAUCGCCGAGGCCGCCAGUACUCCCACCGCCGCUGACUCUCGUGUUCUCUCCCCCGAGGCCUCAUCCAGCAACCAGUUCGCCGACUAUGUUGGUCAAUGGUCUUGCCACUCUGGGGAUCUCAUCUGUUCUCCCGAUGGAUUUUCCUUUGCCAUUUGCUCUAACGGAAAACCCGUGUUCAUGGGCCCCGUCGCUGCUGGCACUAUCUGCCGCUCAGGCGUUAUCACUGGCCUCCAUUAG